AGCUUCACGACCCAUCCCUUCUUAAAAUCACUAUGGCAACACCGUACGUUCGUCCCUUCAAUUUCGAUACGGAUCACUCCGCUGGUCUACACGUUUUCCUCACCACCCUUGACCCCUCCGUAUCCCACGAACCCGCCCGCACGAUCGGCUCCUACCUCUGGUACAAAGCCUACGUCUACCUGACCCCCAAUACCUGCUUUGUCCUCGACAACGGCGCCGGACGCGCCGUAGGCUACAUCAUCGGCACACCAGACACAGCCGCCUUCGCACAGCGCUGGCGCGAAACCUUUACCCCAAUCGUUGAUCCGGAACUGGUCCCGCCGCCAGGUAUAGAGACGAAUGAUCCAGCCAUGGAAACUGCGCUCGUGAAAGGGCUUAGAGAAGAAGUCCAUUCCGGAGAAUGCAGCAUGCUCCUCUCCCACCCCUCCCUCCUUUCCACCUACCCAGCCCACCUACACAUCGACAUCUUACCCGAGUUCACGGGGCAGGGUUGGGGCCAAAAGCUCAUGUCUGCUUUCCUUCCCGCUAUCAAGGAACUAGGAGCCGGAGGCGUGCAUCUCGGCAUGGUUGCCACAAACGCCGGGGCGCGGAGGUUUUACGAGAGGCUAGGCUUCGAACUGUGUGGGGAGGUUAUGGAUGGCGGGGUGAGUGGGGAGGUGGGCAGGGAUGGAGGAGCGGUGUGCUUGAUGAGGAGACUUUGA